AUGCGUCUCUUCUCGGUGCUCGCUCUCCUCUACGCGGCCGUCGCGGCCUCUCCGACGUCGCACAUUGACGGCCUGCGCGAAGGCGCGAGCCGCGUCGAGAUGACGUCGCUAAACAUCGCGGACGCGAAGAUACGCGCGGUGAAGAACUCGGGAGUAUGCGAGACCACGCCGGGGGUGGGGCAGAUGUCGGGGUACCUAGACGUGGGGCGAACAUGUCCAUGUGCAUGGCAGUGGUUCUGGUUCUUCGAGGCGCGAGACGACCCGGAGAACGCGCCGUUCACGCUUUGGCUUAACGGUGGACCUGGGUGUUCGUCUAUGAUCGGUCUCUUCCAAGAGCACGGACCAUGCCAGGUCGAUGAAGAUGGGCAAACCACUGUCCUCAACCCGUUCAGUUGGAACAACAUCAGUAACAUGAUUUACAUCGACCAGCCGAUUGGAACCGGCUUUUCCUUCGGCACUGUCAACGUAAACAGCACGUUCGCUGCGGCGCCAGCGAUCUGGACGGCGUUCCAGGUGCUCUUCGAGAGCCAGGACUUCGCCAAGUUUCAGAGCCGCGAGUUCAUAUUAGCCACGGAGAGCUACGGCGGACACUACGGCCCUGAAUUUGUUGAGUUCUUUGACGAGCAGAACGCGAAGAUCAAGGACGGGUCAAUACAGGGAGAAGAGAUCAACGUCAGCGCGCUCAUGAUCAACAACGGAUGGUACGAUCCUCUUCUGCAGAACAAGGCUUACCUCGACUUCGCGACGUUCGCGCCGGGGUACGGCCAGCUUCAGAAUGACACCGUCCUCGCCGCAAUGAAUGAGUCGUUCUUCGGCGCGGGAGGAUGCAUGGAGCAGGAACUCGCUUGCUACGCUGCCGGUGGCGACCAAGGUCUCCCUGGAGAGACCACCGCCAGCAACAAGAUCUGCAUCAACGCUGACGACUUCUGCAUCGAGAAUCUGCUGAUCCCAUCCACCAUCGGGCGCGACAUCGAUGACCUCAGGCAGUCGGACGACUCGCCGAACCUCUUCCCGCCCGAGUUUUACGUCUCCUUCCUUCGGAACCAGACGGUGAUGAAUGCGAUCGGUGCGCAGGCGCGGUACAGCGAGUGCAGCAACCCGGUUGGCAACCAGUUCGGGCGCACGGGCGACGACGCGCGUUCGUUGCUGCCUGCGCUCGCCAACCUGGCGAACGAGCGGAUGAAGAUCUUGAUCUGGGCUGGUGAUGCGGAUAUCAACUGCAACUGGCUAGGCGGCCACGCUUCCGUGCUCGCGAUGGACUGGUACGGCAACGAGACGCUUCACGCGACACCGUUCACGAACAUGACGAUCGGUGAUACGGCGAUCGCGGCGAUCCAGAACGUCGACAAUUUCAGCUUUGCACGGGUCUUCCAGGCCGGGCACGAAGUGCCCGCGUUCCAACCCGCGGCCGCACUAGAGAUCUUCUCUCAAAUCAUUCGCAAGGAGCAGCUUCAUUCCGUCCCAUGA